UGUGCGUCUUGGUUUGGCAACUGACGGUUUUAAUCCAUUUGGCAACAUGAACACUACUUACAGUAUGUGGCCUGUUAUAGUUGUCCCAUAUAACAUGCCACCUUGGAAGUGUAUGAAGUCUGAAAACAUGAUGUUGUCUUUAUUAAUACCUGGACCGACAUCUCCUGGAAAAGACAUGGAUGUGUUCCUUCAGCCACUUAUAGAGGAGUUAAAAAAAUUGUGGGAAGGUGUGAAUACUCGAGAUGCAGUAACUAGUGAUACUUUCUUAAUGCGUGCAGCAGUUUUGUGGACCAUCAAUGAUUUCCCUGCGUAUGCUUUAAUGUCUGGAUGGAGUACAAAAGGGUAUAAAGCAUGCCCAACUUGUAAUGAAGAAACUCCUUCAAAAGGCAUAAGGAGUAAGAUAGCUUAUAUUGGACAUAGACGUUUUCUUCCUCUAAAUGAUCCAAUGAGACGAAGCAAACAGUUUGAUGGUCAGACGGAAAGGAGAUCUCCUCCUAGUGAAAUAACUGCUAAAGAAAUAUUAGCUCAGUUAGAACAUGUGCAUGUUGGUAUUCCGGGAAAACAUAAGCAAUAUGGAGGUAUAAAGCGCAAGCGUUCUCCCAUCGAGCUUAAUUGGUCGAAAAAGAGCAUAUUUUUUCAGCUUGAAUAUUGGCAACACUUACCACUUCGGCAUAACUUAGAUGUAAUGCACAUCGAGAAGAAUGUAAGUGAUAAUGUUCUCAGUACGCUGUUGAAUAUAGAAGGAAAAUCAAAAGACACGGAAAAGGCAAGACUAGAUCUUCAAGACAUGGGGAUUCGGAAAGAGUUGCAUCUCUACAAAGAUGGAAAUAAAUGGAAGAAGCCACCAGCAACAUAUACAUUAAGUUCUCAAGAGAGAAGAUUAUUUUGUCAAUUUAUCAAAUCAGUGAAGUUUCCAGAUGGUUUUGCCGCCAACUUAGCAAAAAAUGUCAAUGAGGUCACUGGUAAAAUUUUGGGACUUAAGUCUCAUGACUAUCAUGUUUUGCUCCAGCGUUUAUUGCCAGCAGGAAUUAGGUCAUACUUGAACAAAGAAGUUCGUGAAACUAUUAUUGAGUUGUGUAAUUUCUUUCAACAAAUAUGUGCCAAGACAUUGAACGUGAGUGAUCUUAAAUUGUUGGAGACAAAUGUUGUUCUUAUUUUGUGCAAGUUGGAAAGAAUAUUCCCUCCGGCAUUUUUUGAUAUUAUGGUUCACUUGAUUCUUCAUUUACCACAAGAGGCAAUGAUGGGUGGUCCUGUGUAUUUUUGAUGGAUGUAUUCCAUUGAACGAUCUAUGGGUAUCUACAAACAAUAUGUUAACAAUCGAGCACGUCCAGAGGGGUCAAUUGCCGAAGCUUACAUUGUUAAUGAGGCUCUAACCUUUUGCUCAAUGUAUUUUCGAGAUAUCGAAACCCGAUAUAAUCGCCCUGAAAGAAAUGAUGAUAGGGUGAACACUUGUUCGUCUCGAAUUAUUUCUGUAUUCAAGCAUGUUGGUCGACCUUUGGGCAAGAAAGACGUCAUGGUUCUUGAACCUUCGUUACGGAUUAAGGCAGAGUGGUAUGUGCUAAAUAAUUGCCAAGAAGUUGAAAAAUACCUUGAAGAGCAUCGAAAUGGUCUACUGGCAAGGGGAGUGCGUAAUUUGGAGCAACAACAAGAAGUUGAAUUUCCGUUGUGGUUUAAAGAUAAGG